UUUGUCCAAAAGAGUUAUGGGAUGGAAAUGGGCUAAAGCUAAAGCCGAGUAAAAAACGUCCGUCAUCUGCUUUCUUCAAUUUCUCGGCAAUAAUCCUCCACAGACCCUCAAUCGAGAAAGAUGAACGCAGUUUCAAAUUCUGAAAGGAACUUCAACGAAGAGAAUGCCGGAGGAAGCGACACGGACACGAUCCCCGACGAAUCACCGGAAUACUAUGAGCCAAUAUCUUCCAGUGCCAUCGAAGAUGACGAUUCUUCCGAUCAGAACUCCGAUACCGAUCACGAACUUAACUUCCACCGUCUACCGAAUGGGGAAGCUCGUUGCGUACAGAAUGGAAUAAAUUCUCUGGAUCUGAGCGACGAAGAUGACGAGGAAGACGAACACGAAGAGGAGGAGAGGAUGAGAGAAGCGAUGCAGAGAGCUUUUAGAGAGGAUGAGAGCCGUCGAAGGGCUCCGUUGACGCCGGAGAAUACGACUAGAGUGAUGGAGGCGAUGCGUGGGAUAUCGUUCCCAGGAAUGGCUCCGGAUUGGGCGGGUCGAGUUCCUGAGGAUCGGUGGAUCGAUCAGUUAACAGGUAUCAGACAGCCACCAUCUUCAACUGCAUCUUAGGUAAGAGUUUCUACAUAAUGUCAUUUUGAUGCAUAUGAUAAACUGAUUAUGCGAAUGCAUUAGAAUCCAUUGAAUUGCCUGAUCAUCUGUUUAAACCAUUGAAUUGUCUGAGAUUGAUUUCAGCAUUUCAUUUAGGAUUUCAAUUAAACACAUAUGUUGAUUAGGUUCCUAAGAUAGGACUCUUUCUUGAAUGAUAAUUUGAUUCAACACAAUGUUCUGAAGAUCAAGAUUAUAAGAGAAUGAAUUUUGUUGAAGCAAUAUGUAGUUAGACUCUCAAUAAAAGUGGUGUUUAUUGUUGCUUCA